UCUGUUAAAGCUGUUGUCAUUGUUUAUCCCGUCCCUUCCGACAGGACUUUCACAGUUCACAAAGCUGGCAAACUUUACUACUUAUUUAAUAUAUUGGUCUUUUACAAAAACCAAGUAUUUGGGGCAAUCUGAGGGUUAGAAAUUAUUUUCAGUCUGGGGAGUCACAGAAUUCUCUGGAUUUGAAAGUGAGCUGAGCUUUAAAAGUUGGCUAGACUGAAGGGACUGGAGUGGGAGAACCACAAGAACAAAGGCAAACAGCCAGUGAAUGGGAGGCAGGAGCAACAGGAACAGUGAGUUCAACUAGGCAACUGGGGAAGUGCAUUAUAGGCAUGAAGAUCUGAAUAGACACCCAGACCAGAGAGUGGAGUAUUUAUUCCACUGGCAUUUUCUGGACAUGACAAAAACAAGAUCCAGUGUUACUGGAGGAUUAAUCUGACAGGUUGUGUGGACUGAAGGAGUGAAAAAGAGAGUGAAGGUCAGUACAGUGAUUCCCAUCCUACAUCCUAUAUUCCUUCCAUGGGCCCCAUGAUUUGAAUCUUUUACCUAAUCAAACUGCCUUUAAGUGGUGAUUAAUUUGAUUUCUUUUCAUCAAAGACACACAUAAAACUGGUAAUCUGAGCUUCUGACCAUGCUAAGAAUAUCGGCGUUACUGCUGUGAGUAUGACAUAAAUACAGCCCAAAGCGGGCACACACACGCACAAGGGAGUCUAUUUAGCCUGAGCAGCCCAGUAGCAUUUGACUUAGGGGACUUUUAAUGCUGACUUAAGUUCUCUGGACUCUUAUCACGUGAACCUUCUUGAGUCUUUGCCCUUGGGGUUGCCAUUGGUCUAGAUAAGAGGCAAGUUCUGACAAGGACAGUAAGGGGGAAAGGAAGGAUUGCAAGGAAAGAUAACAGAAUUGAAAUGACUUCAUCCUUGAUUAGCCAUGAGUAGUGACAGUUGGGAAGGAAACGCCAAUAGCAAUGACUGGGAAAAUGAUGCUGAUAAAAAAAUAAUACUUCCAUCCUCUACUUAUCAGACAAGACUCCAUGGAGGGCACUAAGUGUGUACAUACUAUGUGCCUGGCACUGUUGUUAAUCAAUUUUCAUGAAUUAAUUGGUUUAAUUCUCUCAACAACCCUAGGAAAUACAAUUACUACUUUAUCCUCAUUUACAGAAGGGGGAACUGAAGCACAGAGAGGUCAAGUAGUAGGCCCAAGAUCACCCAGCUGACUUUCCAGCAGCUCAAUGGCCUCCCCGAAGAAGAAACUUCAGGGUCUUGUUGCUGCUACCAUCACGCCAAUGACUGAGAAUGGAGAAAUCAACUUGUCAGUAAUUGGUCAGUAUGUGGAUUACCUUGUGAAAGAGCAGGGAGUGAAGAACAUUUUUGGUAAAGGUGGAAGAAAGAUGGAGUCUGAAGUGAAAAUGGAAACCCGGCGCUUUCCCCUCCCAAUUCCAUCCUCUGUGAAUGGCACAACUGGAGAAGGCCUAUCCCUGAGCAUCUCAGAGCGUCGCCGGGUUGCCGAGGAAUGGGUGACAAAAGGGAGGAACAAGCUGGAUCAGGUGGUGAUUCACGUAGGGGCCCUGAGCUUGAAGGAGUCACAAGAAUUGGCCCAACAUGCAGCAGAAAUAGGCGCCGAUGGCAUUGCUGUCAUUGCACCUUUCUUUCUCAAGCCAUGGAACAAAGAUGUCCUGAUUAAUUUCCUAAAGGAGGUGGCUGCUGCCGCCCCUGCAUUGCCAUUUUAUUACUAUCACAUUCCUGCCUUGACAGGGGUAAAAAUUCGUGCUGAGGAGUUGUUGGAUGGCAUUCAGGAGAAGAUCCCCACUUUCCAAGGGCUGAAAUUCAGUGACACAGAUCUCUUAGACUUCGGGCAAUGUGUUGAUCAGAAUCGCCAGCAGCAGUUUGCUUUCCUUUUUGGUGUGGAUGAGCAACUGUUGAGUGCGCUGGUGAUGGGAGCAACUGGAGCAGUGGGCAGUACCUAUAACUACCUGGGAAAGAAGACAAACCAGAUGUUGGAGGCUUUUGAACGAAAGGACUUCUCCUUAGCCCUGAACUACCAGUUUUGUAUCCAGAGAUUUAUCAACUUUGUGGUCAAACUAGGUUUUGGAGUAUCACAGACGAAAGCCAUCAUGUCUCUGGUCUCUGGGAUUCCAAUGGGCCCACCCCGGCUUCCACUGCAGAAGGCCUCCAGGGAAUUUACUGAUCAUGCCGAAGCUAAACUGAAGAGCCUGGAUUUCCUUUCUUUCACUGGCUUGAAGGAUAGAAAUUUGGAAACCUGUAGCUAGUGCACCACUAUCAUAUCAGGGUGUGUCCAUGGAGACAUAAUUUUCACAUCAAAUAGGCAUUUUUUUUCUCAGGGACAUUUUAGAUGAACUUAAACUCUUAGAAAAUAAAAUCUCAA